AUGAAAUUCAAGAUGGUGGGUUUCAGCAGAUGCCUUGUUUGCUUGGGUGUAGCCACGGCCGUGGCAGCCCCGGUCCUAGCGUCGGAAUCAGACAAGACCUUCCUCGAUAAAGACAACUUGACGAACUUAAACGCCUCCAUGGCGACUCUAAACUCUGCGGAAGACCCGACAGUCGAUUCCCGAUUUUACACUGUAUUCUCAAGCUGGAAAGAUAUUAUGAGCGAUAUCGUGUACAAAAAGUAUCACGCCAACUAUGAGGCAAUGAAGCAUGCUCAGCACUCAUCUGAGACCUCGGAGUCCUCUGACGAACCCACACUGCCGAAACCUCCAUCCUACCACAACCAUCAUCACCACCACCAUCAUCAUCACCCACAUUCCUCUGAAUCCUACUCCGACAGCUCCUCCGACAGCUCCUCUGACAGCUCCUCUGACAGCUCCUCCGACGAAGCCAACGACCGUCCGCCUCGUCCUCCCCACCACCCCCGCCCUCCCCACCACCCUCACCCUCCGCACCAUCCUCACCCGCCCCACCACCCGCACCCUCCUCGUCCGUCCAGCUCCUCCGAAGAACACAGCUUCUCUUCUGAGGACAACCGCCCACACCACCCUCACCCGCCAAUGAAGCCUUACCCUCCCAUGAUGCCCUACCCUCCCAUGAUGCCCUACCCCCCCAUGAUGCCCUACCCCCCCAUGAUGCCCUACCCUCCGAUGAUGCCCUACCCUCCUUUCUAUCCUCCCUCCAAACCCCCGCGUCCCACUCCGAAAGACCACACUGAGUCGAAGGUGAAUCCGGCAUAG